AAACCCAGAAAUUAAAAUCCAAAAAUUAAGAACAACCCAGAUCUAAGAAUAAUAAGAACACAUUUUUUCCCUUUCCAAAAAAAAAAAAAAUAAGAACACAUUUUCCUUUAUUUGAAAUUUUCUCCUUUUCUUUUUCUUAGAAAACAAACACAAAUCACAAACCCAAAAAAUUAAAAUAAAACCAACACAAUACUCCCACAGUCUCUCUCUCUCUCUCUCUCUCUCUCUCUCGUGUAAAUUCUUUAUAUUCUCUCACUCUCAAACUCAUCAAAGGCUCUACGAUUCAUCACCCGCCAGUCCUUCUUCUCCGCGGUCCGAUCAGGCGACCUUGACUCCCUCAAGCAGCUCUUGGAUAAGCUGUCCGGAGAUGACCCAUCAGAUGCUUCCACCAUCUCCGAUCUAAUGGCUCUUGGAUGCCUUUCAAAUCGCCGCUAAGCAUGGCCACUUGGGUAUGUUAAUCUCUGAUAUGGAUGUCUUUCAGAUCAGGUCGGAGCUCCACGACCCGCGGUAGAGCAUUACCAAAGAGAUCUCAAAGUUUAAAGAAGAAGAAGAAGAAAACCGAGCUAGAAGCACAGGAUGUGGUGGACAGCAAUUGGGACUAUGGUGACACCAGCAAUACGAGUUGGGAAGGACAUAAUUGGAUGUUUGAGGAGCAAAUAUGGUCAUGUAAGAAAUCUCAGUGAAAACAUUGCGAAGCUGGAACAAGAAGAAAGAUAUCUCUUUAGUAAAGAGACAGAUGUAAUAACAAUGUUGGACAGAAAAGACCAAAUAAUGGAGAGGACACGUGAAUGCACAACCUUGCUGGAUGAGGUUCACGAAAUGAAAGGCAAACUCCAAGAAUUGAGGAACAAGUACCAGAUAUCAGUAGAUGCUUUUGUGGACUCUGUCCAUUUCAUUCUCUCCUAAAGCUUGGCAAAACUGUAGUGACAAAGACUGAGGAGGUAAUUGCUUUAAAGAGUCGAGUAGAGCAAAUAACUAUAAUGAUUGAAAGGGCACCAAUGUCAGUGGUUCCAAUAAUAAGGAAGCAUCCAGAGAAGAUAGAUAAUGUUCCAUCACUUAAUGAGCAUGUCAAAACACUACUAAAGUUGCUCAACGAUGAUAAUUUGAAGAGAAUUGGCAUAUGGGGACUACCAGGAGUGGGCAAGACAACAGUAAUGGAAAACCUGAACAACAAAGUCCGUGAAACUCAACUGUUUGACAAUGUCUUUUGGGUAACUCUUUCAAAAGGGGAGAGUGUGAGAAAGAUACAACUAGUUCUUUUAGAGCAGUUAAAACUUGAGGUGAAAGGGAUCCAUGACAGAGACAGUGAUCAAAUAGCAGACAUGAUAUCUGAAGCCUUGGUUAACAAGAGGUAUCUGCUGCUUCUUGAUGAGGUUUUCUUAGAGAUUAAUCUGAAAGAAGUUGGCAUUCACGAUGACCAUGAACAUGGAGCAGUAGUAUUUGCAUACAGAGAUAGAGAUUUUUGUCGUUUAAUAGAUGAUCAUAUUAAGAUUGAAAGAUUAUCCAAUGAUGAUGCCAGAAACUUGUUUCGAAAAAUAGUAGGAGAUAUCAUUGAUCGACCAAGCUACAAGAAAAUUGCAGACAGAUUACUCAAGGAGUGCGGUGGGAUGCCACAAGUGAUCAAGUUGAUAGCAGAUAGCUUGAUAAAUGAGGAUGACCCAUCUGUGUGGCGGCAACUGUUAUCUGACAUGCAGUCACCAGGCACGGAACCAGUGCAAGAAAUGCAAGAACUCUACAAGGCAUUUAAACUUAUUUAUGACAAAUUACCUGUGGAUAAGAAGCUUUGCCUAUUGUAUUGGGCAUUUUUUCCCCCAGACUAUGAAGUUUACCAGGAGUACCUAAUUGAGUGCUGGAAAGCUGAACAAUUUAUUGAUAAAGCUAGAAAGCUUGGAAAGGCUCGUGACAAAGGACAUGCUAUAAUAAGGGAAUUUGAAAAGAAAUCUAUGUUGGAAAGGGGUACUAAAGCAGGACACUUUAAGAUGCCUCUGUUUCUCCGACGCAUGGCCCUUAAGAUUACAUAUCUAGAAGAGAAGGAUUUAAAAUUUUUGGUAGGUGAUGGUGAAGAGAUAGAAGAACAACCAUUCGAGGAAGAAUGGGAAGACGUGCGAAGGGUCUCAUUGAUCGGUCAGAAAUUAUGUAAUCUACCUAAUAAACCUGCGUGUAGUAAUAUCUCAACAUUACUACUAUAAAAAAACCCAAGCUUGACAAAAAUUCCAGAAUCAUUCUUUGAAUACAUGUGUGGCCUCCGAGUUCUGGAUUUGUAUGAUACAAGGAUCAUGUCACUGCCAUCAUCUAUUUCCAGAUUGAUAAAUCUAAGGGUUCUAUAUCUAAACAAUUGUGGUGAAUUAAUGGAGUUGCCUCCUCAGCUAGAGAAACUAAAGAGUCUUGAAAUCCUUGAUCUACGCUGCACAGGAAUUCUCACCUUGCCUGAAGAGCUUGCGCAAUUGACUGGUCUGAAGUGUCUGAGAGUUUCAUUUAAACAGAAUUUUGGUUGUCCCAAUCACAUCAAUGGCAAACCAAAAGAUCUGAUUCCUUCUAAUGUAAUUGCAUGUCUUUCUUCAUUACAAGAGUUGAGCAUUGAUGUGGACUUCAAAAACCAAAGUUGGAACCAGAUUGUAGAUAGGGUAGCUGAGGAAGUUGCUAGUUUGAAGGCAUUGACAAGUCUUUGUUUCUACUUUCCUAAACUCAGCUGCUUUGAAACUUUCAUUGAGAACAGCAAAUCGUGGAAAAGAAAUAGCAUGGGGUGGGAAGAUAAUGGCUUUAGAUCAUUCAGAAUCCUAGUUGGCAAUCACAAGGUAGACACUUUUCGUGGAUUUGAUUUUUUUGGAUACACAGCUGAAAGGCAUUUAAGAUUUUCUGCUGGAGAAGAAGAUAUUCCAUUUGCACUUUCAAAGAUACUCAAUAAAGCUCUUAGUUUUGAACUCAUUGGUCAUCAUUGUGCUAAGAACUUAUCAGUAUUUGGCACUAAAUACUUGAAAGAGGUGGAAGCUUGUACAAUUGAAGAAUGCAAUGAAAUAGAAAGCAUCAUUGAUGGUACCAUAGCAACUGGUGUCUUGUUUGAAUUCUUGCAAAAGCUAAAUCUAAUCAACCUCCCAAACCUGGUGAGUAUUUGCAGAGGCUCAAUUGACUCAACAAGCCUCACUAAACUCACAACUCUGACACUGAAAAGCUGUCCAAAGCUAAACUGCCUUUUCCCAGGAGAUAUGAUUCAGUUACUGUGCCACUUGCAAGAUUUGCAAGUUGAGGAUUGUUUUGAGAUUAAAAAGAUCAUUGAAGAGGGAAGCAUAGUUCAGUAUGAAUCCCUUCCCAGAUUGAAGAAUAUUGAACUCCACAACCUACCAAGAUUAUUUAGUGUAUGCGAGUAUAAUUCGUUUGAAUGGCCCUCUUUGGAGAUUAUGAAGAUCAAGACGUGUCUGGAGCUAAAGGAUUUACCAUUCAGUGUAGAAAAUGCACCCAGAUUGAGAGUGAUUGAAUGCACAAAAAACUGGUGGAAUGAACUAAAUGACAGUGCGAAGGAUCGUCUCAGAGACCUUAACAGCUUCACUUGACGAAACCUUUUAUGGAACUGGAGGCAGAGACUCAAAUUGGAGACUUUCGCUUCUGUUCUGCACUACUUUGCAAUCGUAGUUUUUAUUUGGACCCUAUCUUUCAGCUAGUAUCACCAAAAGCAUGAUUUUACCCUUCAGAAGGCAUGCAAUAUAUGAUUUUUGUAUAUAUAUAUUAUUAUUGCACUUUUUUGUUCAGUUGCAGCUUGCGACAGUGUAUACUGAUUUGCUUUGUGAGGAAGAUUUAACAUAGAAUAUUCUUAUUCCUAAUGUUAGUUUUUUUUUUUUUU